AUGGGUUGGGUACAUUGGCCGAAUCUUGUCGAGCACAGAGAGCCCAGAUUGGACGAUGGGCCCAUCUAUCCUUCAGACAUGACUGCUGUUACUGGCCCCCACAUUAUUCGCCGCUUCGAUAUAUAUGAUGCUGGGGAGAAUUACGGUGCUUCUUCAAGCCGAAAGUCUCUGCCUCUUCAGGAGAAGAUGGCUCACAAAGAUUUUUCGUCACAUUGCUCUCUUAUCCGAAUUACAAGUCAUCAAUGGGCGCGAGCUUAUAUGGAGUACAUAGGCGGUGGUGUCAUGGCUGGGGACAGCCUCUCAGCUGUUCAUAACGGCGAGGAAAUCGUCAUUGCUGGACUUGUCAUCCAAAUUUUCUUUUUUGGCCUGUUUAUCAUCACCUGUGCGCUCUUUCAUAAGCGCGUCAGAAAGUUUCCGACGGCGCGAUCACUAGAACUGAGCCGCACUUGGCGCAAGUAUCUUCAUAUACUCUAUACCGCGAACCUGCUCAUUGUGAUCCGAUCAAUUUUUCGGCUGAUUGAGUAUGCAAUGGGAAAUAAUGGCUACAUUCUGCGAUAUGAAGUCUUUCUCUAUGUCUUUGAUGGAUUGCUCAUGCUAUUGGUCAUGGUUUUAUUCAACGUCGUGCAUCCGAGUGGUCUGAUAUCUCACAAGAGUGACAAGACGAGACGCACUGAGAUGAAUGCUCUUCCCUAA